UGCAUCGUGCACACUCUCAAUUCCUCUAAAAUUGAGAUCACCACCUUCUUCCUGAUUGGAAUCCCAGGACUGGAGCAUGUUCAUGUUUGGAUCUCUGUCCCCAUCUGCCUCAUGUACCUCGUGGCCAUCCUUGGCAAUUGCACCAUCCUCUUUGUGAUCAGGACAGAGCCCUCACUCCAUGCCCCCAUGUACUAUUUCCUCUCCAUGCUGGCUGUCUCUGACCUGGGCCUUUCCCUCUCAUCCCUCCCUACUAUGCUGAGGAUCUUUGUUUUCAAUGCUACAGGAAUUUCUCCAAAUGCCUGUUCUGCUCCAGAAUUCUUUAUCCAUGGAUUCACAGAUAUGGAGUCUUCAGUGCUCCUGGUCAUGUCUUUUGACCAUUUUUUGGCCAUACACAACCCUCUGAGAUAUAGCUCUAUCCUCUCCAAUGCCAGAGUUGCCAAAAUGGGCCUGGUGUUUCUCAUUAAAAGCAUGCUUUUAGCGCUCCCAUUUCCUUUCACUCUCAAAAAAUUGACAUAUUGUAGGAAAAGCCUUCUUUCUCACUCUUAUUGUCUGCACCAAGAUGUCAUGAAGCUGGCCUGCUCCGACAACAUGGUCAACUUUUUCUAUGGUUUCUUCAUUGCCCUCUGUAUGAUGUCAGACAGUGUGUUCAUUGCUGUGUCCUACAUAUUCAUCCUGAAGACUGUGAUGGGCAUUGGAUCCCCUAAGGAGCGGCUCAAGGCCCUCAACACCUGUGUCUCCCACAUCUGUGCUGUGUGCAUCUUCUAUGUGCCCAUCAUUUCUUUGGCCUCCAUGCACCGUUUUGGCAAGCACAAGUCCCCAGUGGUCAUGAUCCUCAUUGCUGACAUUUUCUUGCUAGUACCACCUCUGAUGAACCCCAUUGUAUACUGUGUGAAGACACGGCAAAUUCAUGAGAAGGUUUGGGGAAUAUUACAUCUAAAAUGA